AAUCACCAAGAAAGUUUAUUUCACAAACAGGUAAUGACGUCAAUAACAACGAUUCACGUGUGUUAGAAUAUCCACAGGCAGUGGUAAGGAAGCUUAGCGGGUUCACUGAGAUUAGAGGGAGGUGACAUCCCCACUCUACCGACACGACCAACCAGUGCUAACUUCCGACUUGGGACACCUUGUGCCGUUCGCAGUCUCGAACUUAUAAAAAGCGGGCAAAAACACACACUGUCAUUUCGAGUUGAGUUUCAACUAUUGCAAUAGCUUUUUGAACCACGGUUUGGAUUUUACUUUCACCGAAUCAUCAUGAAGACUUUCAUAGGAUUGCUUGCUGUGGUGUUCCUGUCCAUGGUCUAUGGCGAGCCUGAAGUUGACGUCAUGGGUGGGGGCGUGGUCAGGUGUCUGUCUAUGAUCGCCAACGAUACCGAGUUCGAAGCCCCACCAGCCGAUGAGCCAGUAUCGAAAAACUUUACCCAGAAGGCUUUCAAAUCCAUCUGCAAGGCCAAGGACAAGUUUGUCAAGUGUAUCGACGAGAACCUCAGCUCCUCCGAGAACGAGAUCUCCUCAGUGUUCCGUCCACUGUUCGACAAGUCAACAGUCAGCGAGGCCUACGCCGGACUCUGUGACAACCUCACACUUAUCGAGGAAGAUGACGACCUCUCCUGCCUGAUGAACACCACCAGCCUGAUGCCAUGCUACUCCCAGUACAACACAUACAUCGGCUACCUCUCCGUUGUCAUCCGGUUCGGCAGCAAGGAAAGACAACUCUCCAACAGUGUCACCAAAACCCUCGUCUGCGCUCUGGCCGAGAGGCGUACCCAGUGCGAGGUGGAGGUACUGAGAGGGUGCAGUCAGACAAUAGGCGACAUCAUGUCGGCUUUCUACGAGAAGAGCCUUCCCAGCGUCUGCCGCGAAGGCAAGGAGACAACAAACUAGACCCGCUCAUCUUUAAAAUGGGGGACACGCGUUCUUCUGUGUCUAUGUCUCUGUUAAUGGGUUGGGGAGGGGCUGCAACGCAGGGGUGAAAGAGAUUUUCACAAUUGGGGAAAUAAUCAACCGCUUUUGUGAUCAAUAUGCUAAAGAUUUCAAAUGUGAACACAUUUCAGCUCGGAUUAUGACAGUUUUGGUUCACAAUGUCACACUACACGCAAACUUCAUUGAUUCAAAUUCUGCACACGCACUGCCUGUUGAACAGUUAGGUUUCACUUACACAUCAUGUGUUCAAUCAUUCGAUCAGGUAUAUUUCAACUUAUUCUCAACACUUUUGAUAAUGUUUGAAUUAUUUUCGAUUUCAUUUACGGAAACAUUGUUAUAUAUUACCCCUUGUUCUCUCUGCGUUGUGGUCGAUCCUCGUGCUGGCGAAGUGUACAUAUAGCCAUCUCCGUCUUAACAUCGUCUCCGAGAAGUGUGUCAACAGAUUGAAUGUCGGUCAGUUUCGUUUGACAAAGCAAAUUUGAUAUUGAGAUUAUGAACCUUUUAAUAUUUGUGUAAAUAUUUCAAUAAAAAAUGUUUCUUUAAA